AUGUCCCUCUGGAAGAACUACUUCGGUCUUGGACCAGUCGCCUCCUCCGGCGCCACGCCCACCGACAAGGAGACUCUCUCCAGAGCCCUUCCUGCUUCCUGGUACACCUCCCAAGAACUCUACGAGCUCGAGCGCCGCUCCAUCUUCUCCCGCAAGUGGAUCCUUACCACGCACGCCCUGCGCCUCGUCAACACAGGCGACUGGAUACAGUACAAAAUCGCCGGAUACCCAAUCGUUCUCGUAAAAGACCGCCAGGGCCAGAUAAACGCCUUUCACAACGUCUGCCGCCAUCGCGCCUUUCCCGUCGUCACCGAGGAAUCAGGUACCUCGCGAAUCUUUGCCUGCCAGUACCACGGCUGGUCCUAUGGUCUCAAUGGUAAGCUCGCCAAAGCCCCAGGCUACCAAGAUGUCGACGGCUUCGACAAGUCCAAGAACGGGCUCCUCCUGAUCCACGUGCACGUUGACAAUAAUGGGUUUAUCUGGGUGAACCUGGAUGGCGGCGAGAAGCCUGAGAUUAUGUGGGAAGAUGAUUUCAAGGAUAUUGAUCUGCAACCAAGGCUCAAGGAUUUUGAUUUUACGCACUAUGAGUUUGAUCACACAUGGGAGUUGGAGGGAGAGUAUAACUGGAAGAUUCUGGCGAAUAACUACAAUGAGUGCCAGACAUCGCACCCGGAUACUCCAGUGUUGGCGGAUCUGAGUGCCUACGCUGCUGAUGCAAAGCUGGAGCAGAUUGAGCGGGAGCUGAAGGUUGCUAGCACUUACUAUUUCCCCAAUGCGAGCAUGACUGUCUCACCCCACUUCUUCUCCAUGCAACGCUCCGUCCCCAUCUCCCCCACAAACUGUGUUAUGAAAUACGAAGUCUACCGCAACAAGUUCUCCUCCACCGAAGAAUUUGACCUUAUCAACCAAGUGUAUAAACGCAUCAUGUCCGAAGACAAGGACCUCUGCAUAAACACGCAAAAGAACCUCAACAACGGCGAACUUCAUCCGAAGAUGGAGAAGAGCCCAUUAUACUUCCAGAAUACAGUGCGGGAGAUAGUCACCGAGCACCGUAAGAAAGAGGAGAAAGAGGGGAAGGAGAUUUGGCCUGCUAGGCAGAGGUUGCCGGAGACGACGGCUGCGGGGGUGAGUAAGGAGGAUGAUGAGUUUUGUAGGGAGUUGGAUAUGACUGGGAAGAAGGGACAGAAAGAUGUUGCUUCGGAGGGAUGUGGGAUGGAGGGGUGUUGCUCGGCUGGAGGGAUGGGGGGUGGUGCUAGUGGUAGUCUUGUUUAUUAG